AUGAGUAUAGAUGAAAGAACCGACGAGAGAAGAACGUUCCAGUACAACAUUGUUCCACAGGUUUUUUUUUAUAGCGACAACAUGUCAGUGAUGGUAACGCUGCAUGUGACGAGAAGAACGAUGGAAAUGAAUGUAGAUAGAGGAAGACCGAAGAAAAGAUGGAUAGAAUGUGUGAGACAGGAUAAGAAAGACGAAGGAGUGAAUGAUGAGAUAAAGAGAUUGCUCUUUAGGGAAGAGUUA